AUGACUUCCAAAACACAGCAGAUUUUCACCGCAGCCGCGCUGCUAGGCACGGCGGCCGUCAAUGGCCACAUGAUUAUGAAGACGCCGGCACCUUUCGGCGGCUCAAGUCUCGACAACUCCCCCUUGACCUCUAGCAACUACCCGUGCAAGGUCACCUCCGACCCUGCUUCUUUCUACAGCGGUACCACGGCAACAGAGAUGGCCAUUGGCGAGACACAGACCCUGUCCUUCACCGGCAGCGCUGUUCACGGCGGUGGUUCUUGCCAGCUCGCCAUCACCACGGAAUCGCAGCCCGACGCCAGCACCAACUGGCAAGUCAUUCUCUCCAUCGAGUCUGGUUGCCCCAGCACAGACGGCACCGCAGCAAGCACGUACGACUUCACCAUUCCCGACGGAGUUGCCGCAGGAGAUUACGUCUUUGCCUGGACCUGGGUGUCAAAGCUCUCUGGAACCCAAGAGUACUACAUGAACUGCGCCCCCAUCACAGUUACUGGCAGCUCCUCCAAGCGCUCUGUCAAUGAGUCGAUGACACUGUUGGAGUCCCGCGCCACCUUCCCCGAUCUCUUCGUCGCCAACCUGGCCGAUAUCAACGACUGCAAGACCGUCCUGUCCUCUGAUGUCGAGUACCCGGAGCCGGGUGACAAUGUCCAGACCCUUGGCGCCAGCCCGGCCCUGGCUACCCCCAGCGGCACCAACUGUUUCCCCAAGGGCAGCACUGGUGGCUCGACGGGCGACUCCUCGGACUCUGGUUCUGGCACUUCGGCCGCGGGCUCUGCGGCUACCUCUGCGGCUACCUCGGCUGCCACCGUUGUAGCCAGCGAGCAGGCCACCGCAUCAGCCGCUUCAUCCGCUGGUGGUAAUGGUGGUGUAUUCCUUACCUCUGCUGCCACCAGCUUUGCUACCAGCACGACCAAGGCGGCUGUCGCGAGCAGUGCGGCAGCAACGGGAUCCUCAUCCCCCGCAAAGACAUCUUCAUCCGCCCCGGCAACCGGAACCGGAUCGACCUCUGGCGGAGAGUCCGGAGCUUGCACUUCGGAGGGCACUUUCAACUGUGUUGGAGGCUCUCAGUACCAGCAGUGCGCGUCCGGCGCUUGGACAACUCUCCAGGCCAUGCCUGCGGGAACUACCUGCGAGGAGGGAGAGAGCACCAGCCUCUGGGCCCGCAAGGAGGCCCGCAACCUCAAGAUCCGCCGCAGCAGAUUGUAA